UAAAGAAAGAAGCUGUGUUUUAUUUUGUCUUCCUGAGUGCUAGCUGGAGGAUGUAGGAAGUAGAGGGGACUUUUCGCGGCUGGUUCUUCCCCCCUCAUAUGGCAGCAGUAUCGGUGAAAUAUCUGUUAGUGUGGCCGCUGCUGUGGCUCUGCGUCCGGCUGUCUGAGACCGAAGACCCCCGCAUUUCUCCGGACGAUGACCCCCUGCGGCCGUACGCCCACGGUCACGGUCCCUCCCACUCGCACCGCCACGUCAGGGACUGUCUUUCUGUCACUGGGGGAAACACCACCCACGAGACCCGGACCCCCCCACACCGCGGCGGGGCCCCCGAGUCAACCGUGUUCGUGUCCGCCGUGCUGGGAAACUCCAGAUGGGUCUACGGUCACAUGACAGUGGUCCCCGACCCCCUGAGGAUGUUGUCAGUGUUGGAGCCGGGGGGUCCGGGAGGCUGCGAGGGGAACCGGAGGGCCUCUGUGGAGGAGACGGCUGAGGCUGCCGGGUGUUUGUACGCCCAGAACGGCGGCUUCUUCGACACGAAGUCCGGAGCCUGUCUGGGCAACGUGGUGAGCGAUGGCCGGAUGCUGAGGGACAGCGGGGGGGUGCAGAACGCUCAGUUUGGCAUCCGGAGGGACGGCACCCUGGUGUUCGGGUAUCUGUCUCAGGAGGAUGUUCUGGACCAGUCCAACCCAUUCGAGCAGCUGAUCAGCGGCGUGGUGUGGCUGCUGAGGAACGGAGAGGUUUACAUCAACCAGAGUCUGAAGGCCGAGUGCGACGAGACUCAGGAGACCGGGAAGUUUCGCACUUUUGUUGACGUCGUGUCGGCCAGGACGGCGGUGGGCCACGACGCCGAGGGAAAGCUGAUCCUGUUUCACAUCGACGGACAGACGGGAGUCAGGGGGAUGAACCUGUUGGAGAUGGCCGAGUCUCUGAAGAGUUACGGAGUCGUUAACGCCAUCAAUCUAGACGGAGGCGGCUCCUCCACCUUCGUGAUUAACGGCUCGUUAGCAAGCUACCCCUCCGACCACUGUAAGCCUGACGGCAGGUGGCGCUGUGCUCGGCCCGUCUCCACCGUGCUGUGUGUUCACCGGCCGCGCUGCCAGCCUGCAGACUGCAGUGGACACGGACACUGUGAGGACGGAGGCUGCCGCUGUGAGGAGGGCUGGCAGGGCCCCGCCUGUGACACUCUGCUGUGUCGGCCCCCAGCCUGCGGCCCCCACGGGGUCUGCACCGCCAGUGGAUGUGUCUGUGAUGCUGGAUGGAGAGGAGAGAACUGCAGCCAAGAGUGCCUCCCUGGUUUCUACGGUGACGGCUGCAAUCGAACCUGCGCCUGCGUUAACGGCGGUUCCUGUGAUCCCGUUCGCGGACUUUGCACAUGCCCCUCUGGCUUCCGCGGAAAAACCUGUGAAAACGUGUGUGCCCUGGGGUUCUUCGGCCCGUCCUGUCUUCAGGAGUGUGUGUGUGACCAUCAGUGUCCGUGUGACCCGCAGACAGGAAGCUGCAACACCACACUGAGAGGAGAGACCAACUCCACCGUACACAGAGCUGGACGUUGUUUAGCAGACCAGAUGUUUACAUUAUGGAGACGAGAUGAAGAGGAGCACAGAGAGCCGCCUCAUCUCGCAGAGCGUACCUGGAUGCUGCUCACCUUCACCCUGUCCGCCCUGCUCUCCGUCAGCCUGGUGCUCCACCUGGUUCGGGCGUGUCGAGGCGCCGCCUACCACCACGAAUCCGAUCGACGCGACUACUCAUACGUCCCACUGACGCACAUCAACGGAGCCGCACCCGCCGGGAAGUCCGGUUUUCAAUUGGACGACGAGGACUCUCAGGAUGAAAUCUGGUCUCCGUCUCGCUCGGGGAGGACGGGAGGCGAUGAGUAAAAACAAACCUUAAUAAUCGAGGAAGAGAGGAGUCUGUUUGAACCAGGGAGAUGUUGCCUUCAGGGUCCAUGGGAUUCCUUGUUUGUUUGCUCACUUGCCAGCACAGGUCGAAGCUCUCUCUCUCGGUCACAGCAGGCUCCAGGUUUCAUGACAUUUCACCUUUUUCACGUCAACAGAAGAACUUUGUUACUGAGUUUUUUUAAUCAGACCUUUUCUUAUCAACAUGGGGGGGGGGGGGGUUUACAGGUCAUCAUGCACUGAACUCCAUCUGAAUGUAGAGUAACUUUCAGGUGAAUGUUCAUGUCUGAUGAAAACAAUAUGAAAGAAGCACAACCUUCUUAUUGCUCUCUGGAAACAUUCCUUAUCAUGGUGUCACCAAACAUGUGAACAGGCUCCUGUUGCCGUUUUAAACAUCAAUAAAUGUACAUAUUGAGAUUUACUGCGAAAA